CACCUCCCUUCUUUCUGUCUGCAAACAGACAGUCUAUUAGUAUAUUGACAUUAUCCCCUGCUCUCUCCCUACUUCUUCCUUGCUAUCUGCUUCUGCUGCUGCUACUGUUGGUUCCUGAAGAAUGCAGUUUCUUUCUUUUUCUUCGGACCAUGAUCCUGGAGCUGAAAAAAGAAGAAUAUGAGGCUGAGGAAUUUGGUGUUUGGUUUGCUCUCCCUCUCUGUAUUGGCUCCCAUUCUUCUUUAUAUUGAUAGUUUCUCCUCUUUCACCCCUUCUUUCAAACAAGAAUUCCUCGAAGAUGUCACUGCUCUUAUUCUCCCUGCCGAUACCAGUAAUCUAAAUGUAUUGCCACGUAUGGCUAUUUCUUUAUCUUUAUUUGCCAUUGGAAUUCUAUAUACUGAUAACCACUCCAAGACCAUUCUAACUGACAAAGAUUUGCAGUUGCCUGAUACAGGUAGAGCAUUAUCUGCCACUGAUGAGGAUGCUCAAUCUCGGAAGGAUGAUAUCAUCAAACAGGUCAUUCAGAGCGCUAAUCAGGAAAAGGAGGAGACCCGGACAGACAGGGGAGCUGAUCAGGAAAGCCACCAGCUUAAGCAACAAUCUGCUUUAAACUCAGACAAAGUUGGUGAGAAGGAUGCUUUGUUAACUAAAACCAACAAGCAGACAGAUCAAUCACCUAUGCCAGCUGCUUGGGAGCGGCAGCUCAGGGAUCGGCUUAUCAAGGCAAGUGUGUACCUGUCCCUUCCAGCCACGAAGAACAAUCGCCGCUUUACAAGGGAGCUUCGAAUGCGGAUAAAGGAAGUUCAACGCGUACUUGGAGAUGCAAUCAAAGAUUCUGAUAUGCCAAAGAAUGCCUAUGAAAAAUGGAAGGCAAUGGACCAAUUGUUGGAAAAGGGCAAGCAAAUGCAGUAUGAAAGUGCUAACGAGGUAAAGAAGCUUCGGGCAAUGCUCCACUCGACAGAAGAACAACUCCGAGUGCAUAAGAAGCAGACCAUGUCCUUUGCUACGAUGGUAGAGAAGCUUCGGGCAAUGCUCCACUCGACAGAAGAACAACUCCAAGUGCAUAAGAAGCAGACCAUGUUCUUAACGCAAUUAACUGCAAAGACGCUUCCUAAAGGGUUACACUGUCUUCCAUUGCGCCUGACAACUGAGUAUUACAAUUUGAAUUCUUCGGAACAGCAAUUUCCAAAUCAAGAGAUAUUGGACAACCCUUUGCUUCACCAUAUUGCACUAUUCUCGGAUAAUGUUUUGGCGGCAGCAGUGGUUGUAAACUCUACUGUCACCAACUCUAAGCACCCUUCGAAGCUUGUUUUCCACCUUGUUAGUGAUAGACUCAGCUAUGCGGCAAUGAGGAUGUGGUUUCUAGUAAAUCCACCAGGCAAAGCCACUAUUCAGGUCCAGAACAUUGACGAAUUUACAUGGUUAAAUUCAAGUUAUAGUCCUGUUCUGAAGCAGUUGCAUUCUCAGUCAAUGAUUGAUUAUUACUUCCGGGCACAUAGUGCCAAUUCUGAUUCGAAUUUGAAGUACCGGAACCCAAAGUACUUGUCCAUCCUGAACCAUCUUCGCUUUUACCUGCCAGAGAUUUUCCCAAAGCUCAACAAGGUGUUAUUCUUAGAUGAUGAUAUAGUGGUGCAGAAGGAUCUUACUGGCCUUUGGUCCCUUGAUUUGAAGGGUAAGGUGAAUGGUGCAGUAGAGACCUGUAGAGAAAGCUUUCAUCGCUUUGAUACAUAUCUCAACUUCUCAAAUCCUCUUAUAUCAAAUAAUUUCGAUCCCCGCGCUUGUGGAUGGGCAUAUGGAAUGAACUUGUUUGAUUUGGAGGAAUGGAAGAGGCAAAAUAUCACUGAUGUAUAUCAUUCAUGGCAGAAGCUGAACCAUGACAGACAAUUAUGGAAGUUGGGGACUCUGCCACCUGGCCUCAUUACUCUUUGGAAACGGACUCAUCCCCUUGAUCGACGUUGGCAUGUUCUGGGCCUUGGCUAUAACCCCAAUGUCAGCCAAAUAGAAAUUGAACGAGGUGCUGUUAUACAUUAUAAUGGCAACAUGAAACCAUGGCUUGAGAUAGGCAUACCCAAGUAUCGAAAAUACUGGGCAAAAUACGUUGAUUAUGUUAAUGUUUAUUUGCGAGAGUGCAACAUCAAUCCAUAGAAUGGUCCUCGUGGUGUAAUCCAGUUAUUGGGGCUCCAUACACAUGCUGUGCCACCUUUUUUACAGGUCUGCAUCACUUUGUAGGCUCUUCCACACAUCCUGUGCCAGCGAUUUUACAGGUCUGCAGGACUUGGUAGGUUGUUUUGUUAUCUAAGUAGAAGCUUGAGCUUAAUUUUUUCUGUAUACAAUCCCCCCUCCCCCCCUCUUGUUUCUUUUCCCUUUUUCUAUGAUAGGCUGAGGACCACUGUGCAUGUUAGUUCAUGUUGGUACCUUGAUUGCAUAUCUGCCAUUCAGCAGGUGUAUUUGUAAAUGAUUGCAACAGAACAAAGAAAAAAAAAAAGAGACAGUAGUUGGUUGAGUUUGUGCCUGUAAUCUGAUAUCGGCCUGAUUGUGUGUGAAUCUCCCAAGUCCAUUGGCAUCCUUUGCUGAAGCAAUGAUGAAUCCUUUAUCUUUAUUUUUAUUUUUA